AUUAUCAUUUGCAAACUUGCAAGAAAUGGCAACAAACGACAUACAUAAUGAUUAUUAUGAAGGGGAUGAAUUUGAGGAGAUUGAUCAAACAUUAGAACAGCAUUUUAUUGAAAGUCAAAAAUUAGAAAAUAAUGAUAACUUAAAUGAUCUUCCUAGCUGUAAAAGGUUACGUCUAGAAGCUGUAAUUAUUCAAAACAAGGUAGAUAAAUAUCACAUCAAAGAUAAUUUGGAUAUUGAAAUUAAAGAGGAUAUAACUUUGAAUCAUAUUAAAGCUGAAAUGAACCAAAUAUUAACUUAUGAUAAUGCACAAAAUAAUACCAAUAUUCACUCAGCCCUUGACGAUCAUUAUUCCUCUCAAAUAAAAUCUAUUGGAGAAGAUCCAGUAUAUUUUGAUAUUAUUACAAUGAUAGAAAAUAUUCCUCAUAAUAAUCGGAAAUAUAUAGAAGAUCAAUUAAUGGAUAUAUUAUCUUUUACUAAAAAUUGUUUCUCUGAGACACUCCAAUCAUGGUAUGAAAAUUUUGAUUUGUUACAAAAACAACAUGAUGAAAUUCUGAAAAAUAUUACAGAUUUUAAUGCAUGGGUCACGUUACUACAAUAUUGUGAAAGUUUGUUAAGAAAUCCUCAAGUUAUAAAGGAGGAAAAGCAACAAAUGGCACUCGAAGUUUUGCGACAUUCAUUUAAGGAAUUUCUUAAGAGGUAUCCUUAUUGUUAUGGUUAUUGGAAAAACUAUGCUGAUAUUGAAAGGAAAUUUGGACUUCUAGAUAAUGUAUUUAAGAUUUAUGAUAAAGCAUUAAAAGCAUUUCCUAAUAGUGUUGACUUAUGGAUAUUCUACAUUAAUUUUAUAAUUGAAAAUUCUGCAUCUGAAAACUCCAAUCCAUUUAUAUCUACUCUUGUCAUUACUGAGCAUCAAUGGUCUGAUGAACAAAUUAGAAAAUUAUUUGAGAAAGCCAUACAAAAGGUUGGAUCAGAUUACAAAUCAGAACCAUUUUGGGAUUUAUACUUAACUUGGGAGAUGAAACAUGGAGAAAUGAGGAAGGUUACCAAAGUAUUUGAUUUAGCCUUGAAGGAAAUGACAGCUGCUUACAGACAAUUUUUUGAAAGAUUUAAAAAUCACAUUGAAACAAAUGAUAUACAAGAGAUCAUAACCGAGGAGGAACUUGACAGAAUUAAACGAGAUCUAAACUUAUUUAAUCCUAAACACAGACAUUCUACAGAAGAACUCACCGAUGAUCAAAUUAUUGCUAUCAGGGAUAAAAUUAUUGAAACUAGACAAGAAAUUGUUGCCGAAACAGAAAUGGAAGUGAAAAAAAGGAAAACGUAUGAAGAUAAUAUAAAAAGACCAUACUUUCACAUCAAACCUCUUGAAAGAUUUCAGCUCAAAAACUGGAACCAGUAUUUGGAUUAUGAGAUGAACAUAACCGUUGAUCUUGAUAAAGGUGAAAAGACUGGAUUAGCUAAAAACACCCGUGUUAAAUCAUUGUUUGAGCGAUGCUUAGUUACAUGUGCUCUUUAUGAGGAAUUUUGGCUAAAAUACGCCAAAUAUAUGGAAACCUUGGAUCUAAAUGCUAUGAGAAGAGUUUUCCAAAGAGCCUGCUUUAUACACUUGCCGACUAAACCGAAUAUUUUCUUGGCCUGGGCUGCUGUCGAAGAAAAAUACGGUAACUUUCAUUGUGCUUCCUUUAUCCUUAAUCUGCUAGAUAAAAAUGUUCCGGAUCUUGUCCAGCUAACUAUGAGAAGAAUUAAUUUAUACAGAAGGAGAGGUGAUAUGGAGGAUCUCGUAGAAAGGCUUUACAGAGAAAACCUCACAAAAUAUGAAAGCAAUCUUUGCUAUUACAGCUAUUUCGUUAUACAAUAUGCACGUUACAUUCAUCGGGUAAAGAAUGAUAAGCCUCAAGCUUUGAAAUUGCUAGAAGACGCCAUUAUUAAUGAUCCGCACAACGAAAAGUUAUACUUACAAUUGCUAGACAUGGAAUACCAGACGGAGCCACUCAAUAUAGAUAGAAUAGCGGCCAUAUUUGAUCGCACCUUAAAUAGCACCUUACCAGAUAGUUCUAAAACUGCCUUUGCUCAAAGAAAAUACGAGUUUUUGGAGAGUCUUGACCAUGAUGUUUAUAGGAUCAAUAAAGCUCGUGAUGAUUUUAUAUCCUUGCUGAAAAUACAAUUGGGAGGAGAUUUUUCGUCUACUUACCAGAAAUCAUACGUUAAGGGCAACGUUCCUUUACUACCCCCUUCUGUAGCUUCUGCAAAUUUAGCUUCAAAAUCUAGCCGCAAUACCGCUUCUCCAAGAGCUUCAUCUUCUUCCACCUCAACAGCCGUAAAUACGGUCAGUAACGCAGCUAUCGCUACUAGUGACUACUACUCUGCUUACUACCAACAAUGGGCCUCUGCUUAUCAUCAACACCCUGGCGUUUAUACACCCGCUCCUACAAAUCCAAUGUAUAUUGGUGGAAAUGCUUACCCAGCCGCUUACGCUUCUAUGGGUUACCCAAGUGUUGUCCCUUUAUCUGCUAUUAUUAAAAAAUAAAAUAUUAAUUUUGCGUUUAACAGGGAGAUGAUCACACUUUGUAUCGUUAUGUUAUUGUAUUCAUUAAUUUUCUUUUAUAUUGAAAUUAUAACCUGGAAAACAAUCAUACUAUCUUUAUCUACUUGUAUUAUAUAAACGAUAUUGUAUAAAAAAUAUAAUAAGGGAUAUAAUAGUUUAGUUAUAUAACAAAUAAAAAUGAA